UGACGGAAAACAUGAAGAAGGAGGAAAAAAAAAAAGAAAAAAUAGUUAAUGUUUUUCAUAAUGAUGUGAGCGGCUCCUCCCCCUGCUCCUGUCAGACACACCAAGAUGGCGGCCACCUUUGGAAGACUGCUCGGGACAAGUGUGAGGUUUGCUGCUGGAGGACUCAGAACAGCCUCCUGUCAACAUGCUGCUAAAGUUCUCACUGCACCUGCCCUUCAGAAAGCCUGCUUCUCCACCAGUUUGUCCAGAUGGGGGGCUGCAGUCACUCAGCCCGCUCCUGCGUUCAAAGCCACUGCGGUCCACAACGGAGAGUUCAGGGACAUUAGUCUGGAGGAUUUUAAAGGGAAAUACCUGGUCCUCUUCUUCUACCCACUAGACUUUACAUUCGUGUGCCCGACAGAAAUCAUCUCCUUCAGUGACAAAGCCAGUGAGUUUCAUGAUGUGAACUGUGAGGUGGUGGGUGUGUCCGUGGACUCUCACUUCACUCAUCUGGCCUGGAUCAACACUCCACGCAAGGCUGGAGGUCUUGGGCACAUCCACAUUCCCCUUCUCGCUGACCUGAACAAACAGAUCUCCAGGGACUAUGGGGUGCUGCUGGAGGGGCCCGGCAUCGCACUCAGAGGCCUGUUCAUCAUUGACCCUCACGGUGUGGUCAAGCACAUGAGUGUGAAUGACCUGCCUGUGGGCCGCUGUGUGGAGGAGACGCUGCGACUGGUCAAAGCGUUUCAGUUUGUGGAGACUCACGGAGAGGUGUGCCCCGCCUCCUGGACCCCCGACUCGCCUACGAUCAAACCAACACCAGAGGGAUCCAAGGAGUACUUCGAAAAAGUUCAUGACUAAAUUAAAUCAAAACUUUUUCUCAGAAUACAAUAAUACAUUGUAGGAUUAUGAACAAUAUUCUCAUCUAAUCUGUAUUUGUCAGUGGGGUUAAUAAAAAUAUUGUUUAUUCAGA